GCUUUAGUCAUGGAGGAAGGAAUUUCCUCCAUGCUUUAGUUCAUUGACCUAGAGGCUCAUUCAGCAGACCAGCAUCACACAGGCAAGACAUAUAAGCCCUACUCUAGCUUUAGUGUACAUUUUCAUCCCGAUCACAAGUGUCCGCUCCCUUUUUGAUAAAAGAGACGUUUACCACAACUUUGGCAGAUCGUUUCGGAUCAUCCCCCCGGACGAAGCCCCGUCGGAAGCCAACAAGAAAACCAGAACAAUUGGCUUUUGGAUCCGCAGCAGCUAUAGGCGCAAUGACCGGCUGCAGACCGUGGCUGGACAGGCACUGGGGCUGGGUUGUCGUAGCCGCCUCCUUCCUGAUGUACCUGGUCAGUACCGGGUCUCUGGGUGUUUUCGUGCUCCUCUACGUGUACUUCGAGCGGGAGUUUCAGGGAUCUGCUGUUGCCACAGGAUGGAUCGGUUCCUUAGGCCAUGGUCUUCUCAACGUCAUGUCCUUCGUGUCCAGUCCGCUCUUUGAGCGCUUCGGCCAUCGGAAGAUCAUCAUCUUAGGUGUGGUGCUCGCCAUUGCCGGUAUCCUGGCAACCAGCUUCACGCAUGCGCUCUGGCAGAUUUACCUGACGUUUGGAAUAAUCUUCGCCAUCGGGCUGAACUUCCUCUGUAACCCUUCCCUGAACAUGAUGACCGUGUAUUUCCCAGGACGGAACUGCGCGAGGGCAACCUUAAUUGCCAACAGCGGCCAGACCGUUGGUACCUUGCUGUUGACUCCACUGUUCGAAGCGGCCUUUUCUCAGAUAGGUUGGCGGAAAAGCCUUCAGAUUCUCUCCGCGGUGAUUUUCCUGACCUGCCUACCGCUGGCUAUGGUCUUCAAGCCUCCUAAUCCAAGGCCCAUCAAACUCGACCAGGAGGCAAGUCUUUCUCCUGAGGAAAAGGAGAAAUUAAACAUGGUGGACGUUAAUACUCAUGCCCUCACUGGGGAGAUGGAGGAAGCAGCGUGCAGGCCAAAGGACAAAGACGAAGAUUGUGACUCGAAAAAUCGGUUGAAAGAAUCCUUCUCCGCCAUAGAACGAAGACUAUCUAGGGAAGAAGAACCGAUCAGUGCUGAUACGGGAGCCAGCGGAGACGAGUUCUUAUCAGCCGAGACGGCAACCACAUUGAUACCGUCAAAUGAUGAGAAAAGCCCGAUGUCUGAGGCACGAGGUGAGAAUGAGAGAGCCACGGACGAAGGAGAGUCGAUCAAGCAAGAUGAGAAGCCGUGGCAGAAAUACAUCAACCUGAUCAAGGAUCCCAUACACUGGUUCUUUUUCCUGGGCAUACUGUUAGUGACUGUGACGAUCGUGUUCAAUUCGGUUAACCUGGUCAGUUGUAUGACCACGGGCGGUAUUGCCGAACCCACCGCGGCGUGGCUGGUCACCUUACUCUGCGUCACGGACGUGGUAUUCAGGGUUGCACUGUCCAUCGUCGGCGAUCGCCUACCGGUGAAAAUCCUACUGAUCUCCGCGGUCUGCGUGGUGGGUGCUGCCGGUUCCUUUCUGCUGACGCGUGGGACGUCUCUGUGGAUCUUUGUCGUCUACUCAGUCGUUGCUGGUAUUGAGCGGGCCACGAUCUUUGGCACGGGAUUUGCCUGUGCCGUGGAACUGUUUGGAGCCAACAGGGCGGUGGAGUCGCUGACGUCCAUUAUGAUCGCCUUCGGGAUUGGUGGACUACUAGCCUCGUCCGUGGCAGGCCUUAGUUAUGACCUCACCGGUACCUACCAGACUACUCACUACACGUGCUUGGGCAUCUGGGUGUUGUCGGGUUCCCUUUUCGUCAUCGUGUACAAGUGGAGGUUAAUAUCGCAUCACUGCAGAUCACACAAGUCCAAUCGGUCUCACAUAGAGAACGAUAUAUGAAGCUCGACCACUGACGAAAA